AUGAUUUCCAAGAUCCAAGCCGCUGCCAUCCUUGGCUCCCUUGCUGCCUCCGUCAGCGCCCACGGUCACUUGUCUGCCAUCAAAGUUGACGGCAAGGACUUCACCGCCUACGACCCUUCUUUCCAGUACCAGAGCCCUCCUCCCGAGGUCAUUGAGUGGUCUUGCCCCGAGUGCCAGGACAACGGUUUCGUCGACCCCUCCAUGUACGACGAUGCCACCAAGAUUGCUUGCCACAAGGACGCAACUGCCGGUGCCAAGGUCGCUGAGGUCGCUGCCGGUGGCAAGCUCGACAUUUCCUGGACCACCUGGCCAGAGUCCCACGUCGGCCCCGUCAUCGACUACCUCGCUAAGGUCGACGAUGCCACCGCCGCCAAGUCUACCGACCUUGAGUUCUUCAAGAUCGACGCCGCUGGUUUCUCGGACGGCAAGUGGGCUUCUGACAAGCUCAUCGCCAACAACAACACCUGGUCCGUGACCAUCCCAGACAGCAUCGCCCCCGGUGACUACGUUCUCCGUCACGAGAUCAUCGCUCUCCACUCCGCUGGACAGGAGAACGGUGCCCAGAACUACCCCAAGUGCAUCAACUUGAAGGUCACCGGAUCCGGUACCGCUACCCCCGCUGGUACUCCUGCCAACAAGCUCUACACUGCCACCGACCCCGGUAUCAAGGUCAACGUCUACGGUGGUGACAUGUCCAGCUACGAGAUGCCCGGUCCCGCUCUGUUCGACGGUGCCAGCUCCGGCUCUGGCAACGCUUCUGCCCCUGCUGCUAAGCCCUCUGCCACUACUCCUGCCGCUUCAUCAUCUGCGCCCGCUGCUACCAGCGCCGCCCCUGCUAAGGUUGUCGCCACUCCUGCUGCUUCCUCCGCUGCUGCCCCUGCCUCCACCGGCGGCGCCAGCAUCGCCGACAAGGAGUUCACCCUCGACACCUUCAUUGCCUGGCUCGAGGAGAAGGCUGGCUCUUCGUCCAGCCAGAAGGUCCGCCGCCACCCCCGCGCUUUCCGCGUUUAA